AUGGAGCAAAACUUAGGACCGAAAGGUGACCCAGAUUGGGUACGCUCUAUCUGCUUUUCUCACCUUUUCAAUGCCUACAAUCAGGAAUCUGUUACCAUGGUCCUCAGAAAAUUGACAGUAGUUUCUGAGGCAUCUAAUGGCCUUGGCUGUGACCAGUUAAUGUACUGGUCUGAAAUCGGAGGAGAACCUCAAAUAGAACAAGCUGGGAUGGAUGGUAGCAGCAGAAAAAUCCUUGUCAGUCAAGGUCUUGGCUGGCCAACCAGCCUAGCUCUCGACCGGUUGAGCUGGAAGAUAUUCUGGUCUGAUGACAAAUUUCACUGUAUUGGCUCUGCUAAUCUGGAUGGUACUGGUGUUCGUAUGUUGCAGCUAACGCAAAUCAAGCGCCCCUUUUCAGUCGCUGUGUUCGAAGAUGAAGUCUUCUGGUCUGAGAUGAAGACGCGAACGGUACAGCGCAUGAAGAAGACCACAGGCAAGAACAGAGCUGUCCUCAUCAAGCGUUCCCAACAGCCUCAUGGACUCAAGAUAAUGCACGAAGUGCUCCAGCCCAAGUCUCCAAAUCCUUGUCUGGAUGCUGGCUGUUCUCACUUGUGCCUUCUGAGCCCGCGAUCCAAGGGGAGCUGUCAUUGCCCAGUGGGACUCCUGCUGGCGGAUGACGGCAUCACCUGUGUUCCGCUCGAGGAGUCUGCAUUUCUGUUCCUCAUGUUGCCCACAGUUAUCAUGCAGAUUUAUCUGAAAAAUCUAGAAGCUUUACUAGGACAACCAACUUUACCCGAACAUAGGAUACUUCCCUUUACCAAUGUGAAACAGCUUGCAUCCUUGGACUACAUAGUCCAGGAAAAGGCUCUCUACCUUUCAGAGUUGGAUAAUGGUGAUAUCAGGCUACUGAGGCUCAAAGAAUCUGGAAAACUCUCUUGGAGGAAAAUCAUAUCUGUGGAGGGAACAGUGAUCGACCUUGCUGUGGACUGGUUGAGUGGAAACAUAUAUUGGAUUGACAGUGAGAAUCCUCACAUCAAGGUAGCUUCCUCAAAAGGCCAGUAUCCCACUGUCCUGGUCAGUGAAAAUCUCUACCGCCCAACCUCUGUUGCGCUGCACCCACCCUCUGCAGUCAUGUGCUUUGUGGACCUGGGUGCCCAGGAUGAUGGUAGGCGUGGGUCCAGCAUUGAAUGUGCCUCCAUGGACGGCAGCAGGAGGAAGGUGCUGUGGCAGAAAUCCCAGGUCCCUGAGGGCCUGACCUUUUCGGAUUCAGGAACCCGAGUUUACUGGGCUGAUACUGGGAGAGGACUCAUAGAGAGUAUUCAACAAGAUGGCUCUAGAUACAGAGUGGACCGCAGAGGAAUUGAGGGCCUUACCCUCUUUACAUUUGGCCAAGGCAUGAUGUUCUGGAUGACAAUUGACGAUGCCCAGAUCACUAAAGUUUGGUACAGCAAGGCAGAACUUUCAGAAAACCAGUGGUUCCAAAUAGACCAGAAGAUUGUGGAUUUAAAAGUUUAUAGUAAACUUCGUCAACAGGGUAGUAACAGCUGCUCAAAAGACAAUGGAGGCUGCCGCCAUAUGUGUUUACCCAACCCUGAAGGAGUGACUUGUAAAUGUCCCAGUGGGCACUACUUGGCUAACAUAAGCAAAUGUGUUGAAGCUGUCCCAUGCUCUGAGCCGUCCCAGUCCUGUAAGGAUGGUCAGAAGUGCAUUUCCAUGGAGCAAGUUUGUGAUGGUCAUGCUGACUGUCCGGAUGGAUCUGAUGAGCUGAGCUGUGAGUAA